AGCUACACUAGAAAGUUUAUGAGGGUUUACAUGACUGACUGCUUCUUUUGCACUCGUAGUUUAUACCCGCAAUUUAAAAGGGACAUUCUCCGUUGAUAUCUGACCUUUGACCUAUCAAGGCUGGAUUUGUGUGGUAACCCCUCUGGAGCGGAACCACUGCCACCACAGUCACAGCCGUGCUGCCAUUGGACGAGGACGCUGCCCGAGCACCUAGACACCGGCAAGUUCUUCAUUGUGACUCCCACAGAUAUCUGACUUAGAGAUGGAGAGCAGCAACAUGCCACUUUUACCUCUGCUUCUACUCUGCCUUGCCUUCGCCACUUCAGGUUUGCCCCUUGUCUCUCACCCAGCAUCCCAGCAGACGUGUGAGCCAGUGAAGGUUCCUGACAACCAGAAUGCUUGGAUCAGGGUGAGGGAGAUGCCAAAAGGCUGCUGGACCAGCUACACCACUAAAGACAGUAAAGAGGUGCACAUCCUCAGCCUGCACUUCCUUCCUGGGGCUUCCACCAUGUUUGAACUAAACAUGACCACUGCCAAGCCAAUGCACCUCAUCAUCACCACAGCCUCAGAGCAGGCCAUAUACUGUCUGACCAAUGCUAACGAGGAUGUCAGCUUAUACGUGGCCAAUAACUCCAAUAUAAUCUUUCAUGGUUCAAAAGGCAACGUCCAUAGAAAAGCCCUGCCCACAGACAACGAAGCUCUAGUGAGGUGGGCCACCGAGGAGUUUGGUGGGGUGACAUCUUUCACCACCAUCCAGAACCCAACUAGCAUCGCUUCCACAGGGAGAGAGGGAACAAGACUCCUUCCAACUGGCUCCAACAACUGUACACUUCAAAAUGAAUGGCACUCCCUCAAGCACUAUCUGACAUUCAAAUCAAACAUACCUUCAUCGAUCAAGUCCUGCUCGAACCAGCCUCUCAACAGUCACACUGAGAAAGAACUAUACAUCGUUAACAUCCCUGAGGAUGUCAGCAUUCGCUAUGUCUCUGUGCACGUCAUCAGUGAGAGGCAGAUCAGUCUGUUCCUAAGAGGUCCUAAUGGUACCACGUGGAGCAUCCAUGACCCACAGCACACCAGCCUCUGUUCUAACAACGUGAUCAUGCUUGCUGCCACCAACACGAUGCAUACGAUCCCUCCCGUGGUCGCCAUCACCACAGACAGUGCCGAUGCUGUACAGAAGAAGGCCAUGGAUCAUUUCAAAGCAAGCACCAUCACCAGCUACUCUGAGAUCCGAACCGAGGGCACCAUGGUCACACUGGUCCUGGGGAAUAAGGACCACACACCAGUCACAGAGACUGCACCCACCGAGACCACCCCAUCGCCCCCUAGGCCCCCUCAGAUGCCUCUGAUCAUGCAGCUGUAUACCUCUCCAGACUACCGCUCCCCUCUGGACCUCAACGCCAAGGUGCAGAGCGACAAGAGGAUCUACGCAGAGAUCUCAGGGAGGAUGCUGGGGGAGAUUGUGCUGACCAUCAAGGUGAUCAACUGCUCGGUGCACUCCAAGGGCUCAUGCCCAGUGGUCAGGGACAUGCCCUUCAGGUCAGAGAUGUGCUUCUCCACCAUGUGCCCCAACAGUGCCAGGGUUAGCUUCUCCCUAGAGCUGCUCCAAGACCUGGCGUCCACUAGCUGGGACCUGGAGUGCUCCGUCAAACUCUGCUUCAGGGAGAAAUGUGGAGAUGGAGGAAGAGUGAAGAAGAAUUUGGAGGUCACCCAGACAUACAUCCCACCACCAACUGUGUGUAUUGACUUUGGUCUGUCAGCCGUGCUGGGCAUCGCUUUCGGAGGCUUCCUGAUCGGAGUUCUGCUUAUCGGAGCUCUGUGGUUCAUCAAGAUCCGCACAGGAUACCCCACCGGACUGGAUGUCGGGUCGACUGCAGUAAACCUCUCAGGAUGUCCUUGCUCUCUGACCAGCAAACGGCAACCCGUUUCUACGAACCCCUCCCCCUCUGAGAACAGUAGUGCUAAUGCCAGCAUUGGCAGCACUCAGAGCACGCCAACCAGCAGCAUGGCAUGAGAUCAUCAGCACCAACGUCUCCCCUUUCCGACACACCGAGGGGCCUCGUGCUAUUUGGUCGCUCUUUCACCAUGCUUAAGAAAGCAUUACCCCCCUCUCUUUAUUCACACCACAAACACGCACCCGCUCUCACCCGUGACCCCACCUGAAAGUGGUGAGGUCGGGGACGGGGAGGGGUGGGAGGAGCAGGAAUGGGAGGGUGGGGGGCGGCUCUAGUCUAGUCCAGGCUCCUAACAUUCACCUCUCUAGCCUCCCAGCAAAAGUUCCAGACGGAGAGUCAGCGAGGGUGAAAAAAAGACCCCGGCUCCCAGCAACAGGAAAAACAAAGCAUAUCCCCUAAGAACUAACAGGAAAUUCAUUGCAUUCUUCUCAAUAAAUUGUGCCUCUCUGAUGGCGGCACAAUACGAGUCAGUCAGUGAAAAAAAGAGACAAAAGAUUGACUUUUAAAAACAUUAUUAGAGAAACUGUUUUUGUCUCUCGACAUCCACAGUUGUUGUGAUUGGAAAUGUCAAGGCCCCUUAUUGUAGGCAAUUUAGAGAUAGAACAGGUGUCAGUCCAGAAUCUAUCACAUUGACUGUAGUUUUAAUUAAAAUUGUAUUACUGUAUAUGGGUGGCUGGAAGACACCAUGUCAGAUUUGAAGAUUUCAGACAGAUCAACAAAGCUAAAAUAUCCAAUGUUCUCCUCCAAUACCAAGGGGUACCUGUCUUUAUAUGAGUCAGGAAAGAUUGGGAAAAGGCUACCUCGUAAUUUAUGUAGAUGUCGGAUUGUUAAGCACAAGCAUGAGAAUGGGUUAUUCUGGUGAGCUAGUCAGAUACCUUAUUUUUUUGUUUCUCUCUUUCAUUCCGUUUCACUUGAGUUACAAUGCAUUCGGAAGGUUUUCAGACCCCUUCCCU